AUGAGUGGCCCUGACGUACGACGAUGGCCUGUGGCGAGGAAGUCCAGUCUGCUGUGCGUCUUCCUCGUCUUCUCCUGCUUCGGAAACCUCCUGUGGAUGCUGCGGGGUUCCCGGAGCACCAUGGUUGUCAUCAGCUCGCAAGGGCCAGCCAGCACGUCUCCCGAGAAGACGCUCCUACACAAUCCUCUGGCUUUAGCGGAGCAACUUAACAACAUUGAGGAGAUGCUAGGAAUGAUUCUGGAAGAUGGCGCUAAACCCGAGGAGCCAUCUGAGAAGGGCCUGGUGUGUAAGGGGAGCCAGUGGGUACCCGACCCCGAGACCCUGCUCUUCAAGGAGUGGGGCAAGGAGCUCUCGGUGUGGCAGAAGCGCAAGGCGUGUGCCCGCUUCCUCAUCUACGGCUACAACGCCUACCUGAGCGACCGGCUGCCCCUCGACCGCGACGUGCCUGACAACCGCCCUCCCGGCUGCAGCUCCAAGCGGUACCCGUCGGAGCUCCCGGCGCUCAGCCUGGUGCUGAUCUUCUACAACGAGGCUGUCUCCAUCCUGCUGCGCGCCGUCACCUCCGCCGUGCGCAACACGCCGCACCACCUCCUCAAGGAGGUCAUCCUCGUCGACGACUGCAGCGGCCACAGAGACCUGCAGCAACAAUUCAAUGCGCAGAUCGAGGAGCUGGACAGCAGGUACCCGGAGGUGUCCAUCCGCAUCGUCCGGCACGCGGCCCGCAGGGGGCUGAGCGCGGCCCGGGUCACCGGCGUCCGGGCGGCCUCGGGGCCCGUGGUGGCCGUCAUGGACGCCCACGUGGAGUUCCCCGUCGGAUGGGCCGAGCCGAUCCUGGCACGGAUCCAGGAGGACCGGCGCGUCGUGGUCUCCACGGUGUUCGACAACACGCACUACGACACGCUCGAGGUGCACCGCUACGAGUCGCAGGCACAGACGUUCACGUGGCAGCUGUGGUGCACCUACAUGGUGCCCCCCCUCGAAUGGAUCAACAGCAAGGACCCCACGGCCCCCAUCAGGAGCCCGAUUGUGAUGGGCUGUAUGGCAGCCAGCAAGAGUUACUUGGAGGAGAUCGGCUUUCUGGAUGAAGGCAUGCAGGUGUACGGAGGGGAGAACGUGGAGCUGGGCCUCAGGGUGUGGCAGUGCGGGGGCCGCGUGGAGGUGCUGCCCUGCUCACGCUUGGCUCACAUCGAGCGCUACUUCAAGCCGUACGCCCCGAACCUGAGCGUCCACAUGCGCAGGAACGCGCUGCGUGUGGCCGAGAUCUGGAUGGACGACUUCAAGAAGAAUGUCUACAUGGCCUGGAACGUGCCCAUGAACGGCUCUGGGAUCGACAUCGGCGACAUCUCGGAGCGUGUGGCUCUGCGCAAGCGGCUCAACUGCAAGAGCUUCGCGUGGUACCUGGAGAACGUGCUGCCCUCACUGCCACGUCACGACGACAUCGUGCAGUACGGCGUGAUGACCAACAACAAAAAAGAAAGCCUCUGUCUGGACAAAGGAGACCCAAAGGAUAAAUUUCCCAUUUUGUACCCAUGCCAUGGAUACACCCCCCAGCUGGCAAUGAGAACCUCAGACAACCGGAUUAUGAUCGGGCUGAACUUGGACUUGGUGAGGCCCGGAGCUGUGUGUCUGGGGGUGUCGGCAUCGGGAGUCGAGCCUGCGUUUGUGGACUGUCAGCUGACCGGUCAGGAGGCCAGCAGCCUGCUUCACUUUGAGAACGGAGAACUGAGGCUCCAGGAAGGAGGGAAGUGCCUGGAGGUGAAGGAGAAUGCUCAGAGAAGCUACGGCAUAGAGCUCGUGCUGGUGCCCUGUUCCGGGCAGAAGUGGCGUUUGGCGUACAUCCGCAAAUCGUAGCCCCAAUACAUGGACACGCGCUUAAGAUUGGCAUCAAGAUGUCAUCAUUGUACCCAAAGCUGUCAUCAUUGUACCCAAAGCUGUCGAUGACACCACUGCCACCUUCUUGCUACCAACACGUUCUACGCUGUGCAGAUUCCACAGCUGCUGGGGCAGUAGAGACCGGUGACUCGUGAGACCAAUAGAAAGGCCGUUCGUAGAUUCCAAUAAUUAUUGCACUAGUAUUCAAGAGGCUCCCCACGAUAUUUUAGGAGCAAAGUGGCUUUCUGAUGUUUUAAAUUCAUGAACCCUAAAAGCCCGGGAGAGAGUGUCGUGUAAAUGAAUGUGUUUCUAAAACGGAAAGCCUACAAAGCCAUGAGCUUUCUCAAGCACUCAAUAAUCAAACCUUACAGCCAGAAUUCCGGGGCUAGGCCACGCACCAACGUACUACUGGGACUGUGACGCCCACCAUUGAAGCGACUCGCCACUGGUUCCGAGGUCUGCACAGCAAGCCAGCAGAAGGUGUUAAGUGAAUCAAUCACCGGGUGUUUACCGGUGUCUCCAUUGCAGUAGAGGCCACACGCGCACAUUGACACGCAGGAGACCGUAUUGGUGGAGGUGCGUCACGUGUGGUGCUCUGCGUUGUUUCCGUGUAUCAGUUGAUGUGAAGAGACGUUUAAUGUAAAUAGUCAUUUACGAAAAGAAAAAUCAUGCUGUAAAAUCAUCUCUGUUUCACAUUGCCAUCUCAUCGCACUGUGUUAUGAAAUGUAAAGGGCUCGUUGUGAAGAGAGCGGUCACUGUACGUUUCUCGUCGGGCUCGUGGAACAACAAGACCACCAUCAACAACAACAGCAGCCGCCUCUAUUCGCCACGAAGUGAUGAUGAACUCACCACGGCGCCUGUGCCGGGCGAGAUGGACUUUGAGGCCACGUGA